AUGACCCAACUCGGUUGGCUUACGACGGGCUGCUCAUCCGGCUUCGGAGAGGAGCUUAUCCUUAAUCGUAUCAAGCAUUUCAAGAAUGCCGGUGCAGCUACCAUGUCGCUUGAUGUGACCGAUUCACAGGCCGAACUUGAUGCAAAAGUCAAACAGGCUCUCAAAAUUUACAAUAGCAUCGAUGUCCUCAUCAACAAUGCUGGCUACAUUGAGGCUGGGUCAAUCGAAGACAUUACACUCGUCGCGAGCUGCAAUACCAACCAAUUUGGACCUGUCAACUUGACUCGUUCCAUUCUUCCUCACUUUCAUCAACGAAAAGCCGGAACUAUCAUAUUUAUGGGUUCUUUUGGAUUGGAAGCUGUUGUAGAGUGUCUUCAAAAAGAGACAUCGCAAUUUGUGGGCACCACUUUCGAUCCCGGAGUACAAACCCACGCAGACUGUUUUGAAAGGCACGGUAAGGCUGUUCAUGGCAAUCAGCCCGGGGAUCCCAAGAAGUCCGCAGAGCGCAUUGUCGAUAUUGUUAGACGAGAAGGCUUGGCUAUUGGUAAAGAAACUCCACUAAGACUUCCUUUAGGCCCUGAUUGCCUCCAGCAGAUUAAGAACAAAUGUUUGUCCACCUUGAAGAUCUUAGAGGAUUGGGAAGAGCUUAUUACUAGCACAAAACUUGAUGUGAGGGGCUAA